AUGUCCCCAUCACGUCCUUCUCUCCCAUCUGACAUAGAGGUUGAAGGAAAAAGGAGCCCAGAGACAGACACCAAAGGGUUGUCCGAGAGGCACAUUGAGGAUGUCUCAGAAUUCCACAAGUCACAGCCCCCUGAGGGUGUCUAUAUCUCUCCUGAAGAGAUCCAGGCGCAGUUCAAUCUUUUGCGCGAUCUCAGCCCUGAUCAAAUGAUCACGCUCAAUAAACGUGUUCUGAAGAAGAUAGAUUGGCACACAAUGCCUUGUGUCACCUUGAUGUUCCUGAUGAAUUAUCUUGAUCGUAUCAAUGUCUCCAAUGCGCGUCUAGCAGGACUGCAAAGUGACUUGCAUAUGAGUGAUACCAUCUGGAAUGCAGGGAUAUCGACCUUCUAUGUCGGCUAUCUUGUUGGUCAACUUCCUGGGAAUUUGCUUAUGGCUAAAUCGAAUCCACGCUGGUUUCUUCCAAUCAUGAUGCUUAUGUGGAGCGCCGGGACUAUUUGCAUGCCGGCCAUGACCAACGGUGCAGGUUUCUGCGUAGUUCGAUUCUUUAUUGGUCUGGCCGAGGCACCUUUUUUUCCUGCCCUCACCCUACUCACAUCUUCCUGGUAUACCAAGGAAGAGUCACCUAUGCGAAUGGCCAUAUGGCACGCCGGGAAUACCAUUUCCAACAUCAUAUCGGGAUUCCUAGCCGCCGGUAUCCUCGAACAUAUGGAAGGUGUUAGCGGCUUGCAUGCUUGGCAAUGGUUCUUCCUAAUCGAGGGUAUAGCAUCGAUUAUUGUUGCAGGCGGUUCUUUUAUUUUCCUGCCCGCUUGGCCACAUAAUACUCGCUUUCUGUCGGAGGAGGAAAGCCAGAUGGCCGAGUACCGUGUGCGUCUGUCCAACGGCGGGCGUGAUGAGACCGUUGGGGGAACUUGGGAUGGAUUGAAGGAAGCAGUAAAAGAUCCUUUUACCUGGUUCUUCUGCCUCAUGCACUUUGCGCUGGUUACUGCGCAGAGCUUUAAAGAUUUUCUCCCAUCGAUAAUAAAAACGUUUGGCUUCGACACAAUGACCACAUAUCUUGUUCAAGCCCCCCCAUAUGCCAUCGCCUACAUCUUCGCUUGUGCUGUAGCGUGGUCCUGUGGCAGACUCCAAGAAUCCACCUGGCACAUUGUCAUACCAAUCAUAGUCUCCGCUGGGGGCUGCAGUAUCCUCAUCAGCACGCUCAACGUCGGGGCGCGGUAUUUCGGGAUCAUCCUCCUAAUCUGUGGUACAUACAGUGGGCUCAAUCUACAACUGUCUUGGGAAACAACGGUGGUCCCGUCACCUCGAGCAAAAAAGGCUGCCCUGAUUGCUAUUGCCAACUGUAUCAGUCAGUGCAGCCACUGGUUCAGCCCGUACUUUUACCCAACAAGCCAGGAACCGUUCUAUCGUAUGGGUGGCGGGUUGGUACUAAUGGGGUGUGCACUAGUGGCGCUCUCUGCCUUUGCGGUCAAUUGGCGAGGCAGGAGGCUCAACAAGAAAUUAGAUGAGGCUGAGGGAUGGUCGCCCCAUUCGGGAAACGAGCGGGGGUGGAGGUACAAACUAUGAAGCGAGCGCUAUUUCAAUCGUUAUUGGAAAGAAGGAGCAUCAGACACUAGGUGUUCUAUUGCGCCUGCCCUUUCCAGGAGCGUUCCACUGGGGGGGGCGAUCUCCAGCUGGCAGGAGCAGAUCCCCUCAGGUCAAUUGCACCUGCCCGUUGGGGAAGAGCAUUAUAUCCAGGCUAGUAAUGCACCGCGUACCAUUGUUCGAAUUUGGAAGGCGCGAAUCAAUAUCCCUAUCAAUGGUAGAAGUAUAUCACACUUAUGGAUUAAUGCCCACCGGAUAUUGAUGGGCAUUAUUAACGUCUACAACCCGAUAGCUACAGUCACCUGCCCCACAGACAACGGAAAGCUUUGAGUACCAAUGUCACUUUUGGGUCUUCAUUUCGUUCCACUGCCUACUGGUCUUUCACGAUGAG